GAAUGAAUGAUAUCAUUAGUAUGACGUACAUAAGGAAAAUUAUAUGGUUAUUUUUCCAUUGAAUCACAUUCUAUGAUACAUUUUUAUAGAUAAACAUGUUGAAGUUAUUUUCUCCGAAACUACGGAAGGUGCAUGACUUUGGCCUGCCAAUUUUUGUUUACAAUACAAAUGUGAAAAUCAUGUUGCGACGUUACGUUUUGUCGCUCACCACAAGAAAAAUUGUGAAAUGUCAAACACGCCUGUUGAACUUAGAUGCGGUUGCGCCUAUUGGAACUGCUCUUGAAAAGGAUGCAAAUUACAAGGAAAAUGCAGAGACAAUGCAGAAUCUUGUGGAUGAUUUGAAAUCCAAAGUGAACAAAAUUCAACAAGGUGGUGGUGAGAAUGCCAGAAAGAAGCACACUGACCGGGGUAAAAUGUUACCCAGGGACCGGGUUAAUUCUCUGCUGGAUCCCCAGUCUCCAUUCCUGGAACUUAGUCAGCUGGCCGGGUACCAGUUAUAUGGGGAGGAUGAGGUUCCUGCUGGAGGAAUUAUCACUGGAAUUGGACGCGUAUCCGGGAUAGAGUGUAUGAUUGUGGCCAAUGAUCCGACAGUGAAAGGAGGGUCAUACUAUCCUGUCACAGUCAAAAAACACCUAAGGGCCCAGGAGAUUGCCCAGCAAAACCAUUUACCAUGCAUAUAUCUAGUUGACUCCGGAGGUGCCAAUCUGCCCCGCCAGGAAGAUGUCUUCCCAGAUAGAGAUCACUUCGGUAGAAUAUUCUUCAAUCAAGCCAAUAUGUCGGCUCUUAAAAUACCUCAGAUAGCGGUGGUGCUGGGGAGCUGUACUGCUGGGGGUGCUUAUGUUCCUGCCAUGGCAGAUGAAAGUAUCAUUGUCAAAAAGCAUGGGACCAUUUUCCUUGGAGGACCCCCAUUAGUGAAGGCUGCGACAGGGGAGGAGGUGUCAGCCACAGAUUUGGGAGGAGCACAGUUACACUGCAGCAAAUCAGGAGUGACAGAUUACUUUGCUCAAGAUGACCUUCAUGCACUUCAUCUGGCCAGAAGGUGUAUCAAGAACAUAAACUACACCAAAGAUCCUAAGGUUUCAAUAGAAACUCCAGAAGAACCUAUUCAUCCUACAGAGGAGUUGUAUGGAAUUGUAGGAGCAAAUCUAAAGAAGACGUUUGAUGUUAGAGAGGUCAUAGCAAGGAUCGUAGAUGGAAGUAAAUUCGAUGAAUUUAAAACUAUGUUUGGAGAAACUUUAGUCACAGGGUUUGCCAGAUUGUGGGGAUAUCCUGUAGGAAUACUGGGAAAUAAUGGCGUUUUAUUUAGUGAAUCGGCAUUAAAGGGAACACAUUUUAUAGAAUUAUGCUGUCAAAGAAACAUUCCUCUUAUUUUUCUUCAAAACAUUACAGGCUUUAUGGUUGGUCGUGAGGCUGAGGCAGGGGGCAUAGCCAAGCAUGGAGCCAAAAUGGUGACAGCUGUUGCGUGUGCCAAAGUUCCUAAAUUUACUGUGAUAAUUGGAGGCUCAUAUGGGGCUGGGAAUUAUGGGAUGUGUGGCAGGGCCUAUAGCCCACGAUUCCUGUAUAUGUGGCCCAAUGCCAGGAUCUCUGUAAUGGGUGGGGAGCAGGCAGCCAGUGUUUUAGCUCAGAUCACAAAGGAACAGAGGAUCAGGGCUGGAAAAAUGCUUACACCUGAUGAAGAGGAAGCUAUUAAAGUUCCAGUAAUAAAGAAAUAUGAAAAGGAGGGACAUCCAUACUAUGCCAGUGCCAGGUUAUGGGAUGAUGGCGUGAUUGAUCCAGUGGACACUAGGACUGUGUUAGGGCUCAGUAUCAGCGCCUCACUGAAUGCCCCCCAACAACACACGCAGUUCGGCGUCUUCAGGAUGUGAGGACAUAUCAUGGGGAGUCUGUAGGAAGAUGUACAGAACAGAUGUAAGAAAUGCUGGACAUUUGAGUGAAAUGAGGGUUUAAAGGAUAAUAAUGGUGACAACUCAUGCAGUGUGUGAAUGAAUUACCUUUUUUGAUUUCAAGGACAAAUGAAAUGUUAGAAUACUCAAGGGGCAAUAAAAUUGUGUCAGAUUCUGAGGAGGUUUCAAUGAGUAGAAUGUCAUAUCCGUUGCAGACAAGUUGUGAAAAGUAAAUGCCAUUAACACAUGCAGGUAUGUCUAUGAAACUAGUGUGUUAUUCAAUCAUUAAAGUUUGUUAGAAAUACAAA